AUGGCUGGAAAAAUGACGCUUUACAAAUUGGUGGUGCUGGGAGACGGUGGUGUCGGAAAGACUGCACUCACAAUUCAGUUAUGUUUAAACCACUUUGUCGAGACAUACGACCCGACCAUUGAAGACUCGUACCGAAAGCAGGUCGUAAUCGAUCAACAAUCCUGCAUGUUGGAGGUUCUCGAUACUGCCGGCCAGGAGGAGUAUACCGCACUGCGCGACCAAUGGAUCCGAGACGGCGAGGGCUUCGUGCUGGUUUACAGCAUUACGUCGCGUGCCUCCUUUGCUCGCAUAACGAAAUUCUACAACCAAAUUAAGAUGGUCAAGGAGUCGGCAAAUUCCGGCUCGCCUUCAGGCGCCAGCUACCUAGGGUCGCCGAUGAACUCUCCAUCUGGCCCACCACUCCCAGUCCCCGUCAUGCUGGUAGGCAACAAGAGCGACAAGGCUGUCGAGCGAGCAGUCUCAGCACAGGAGGGCCAGGCGCUCGCCAAGGAUCUUGGAUGUGAGUUUGUCGAGGCGUCCGCGAAGAACUGCAUCAACGUUGAGAAGGCGUUCUACGACGUCGUCAGAAUGCUGCGCAACCAGCGCAUCCAACAACAGCGACCUCAAGAUCAUCGCCGCACGACCGGACUCGGAGGUCCGAUGCGAGAUUCCGGGCCUGAGUAUCCUAAAUCUUUCCGCCCCGACCGUUCUCGACACCGCAGUGGCCUCAGGUGUAGAAUCCUAUGA